CAUGCUGUGUAUAAAGUAAAUCAAAAUGGAAAUCCGGAUUGUAGCGUGUUUUGUAAUAUGUGCUUUUAUUAUGGUCACCUAUGCGGACUUUCCAUUUAACAAUCCUUCAUUACCAUGGGACCAGCGAGUUGAUGAUUUAGUAGGAAGACUGACGCUUGAUGAAAUUAAAUUACAGAUGAGCAAAGGUGGGUCCGGUCCCCAUGCAAGUCCAGCUCCUGCUAUUCGACACCUUGGAAUUGGACCUUAUUCUUGGGAUACCGAAUGUCUGAGAGGUGAUGCUGUUGCUGGAAAUGCGACGUCUUUUCCCCAAGCAAUAGGUCUGGCUGCUUCAUUUAGCCCUGAUCUGAUUUAUCGUGUUGCUGAAGCUACAAGUAUAGAAGUUAGAGCUAAAUAUAAUGAUUAUAAUAGAAGAAAGAUCUAUGGUGAUCAUAAAGGUGUUAGUUGUUUUAGUCCUGUUAUAAAUAUAGUUAGAGAUCCUAGAUGGGGUCGAAUUCAGGAAACUUAUGGAGAAGAUCCUUAUUUAAGUGGUGUAUUAGCUUCAUAUUUUGUAAAAGGUUUACAGGGAAAUAAUACAAGAUAUAUCAGAGCUAAUGCUGGAUGUAAACAUUUUGAUGUUCAUGGAGGCCCUGAAAAUAUUCCUGUAUCAAGAUUUUCUUUUAAUGCUCAGGUAUCAGAAAGAGACUGGAGGACGACAUUUUUACCACAGUUCAAGGCUUGUGUAGAUGCUGGUACAUAUAGUUUAAUGUGCAGUUUUAAUAGGAUAAAUGGUGUACCAGCAUGUGCUAACAAGAAACUAUUAACAGAUAUAUUAAGAAAUGAAUGGAAUUUUACUGGUUAUGUUAUAAGUGAUCAAGAAGCUGUAGAAAACAUUAUAACGUAUCAUCAUUAUUUAAAUAAUAGUAUUGAUACAGCAGCAUUAUGCAUAAAUGCUGGCCUGAAUCUGGAGCUUUCUACAAAUGAAGUAAAGCCAGUUUACUUCGCCAUGGAGGAAGCUAUACAACAGGGUAAACUAACAGAAGAUAUGGUUAGAAGUAGAGUUAAACCAUUAUUUUAUACCAGAAUGCGUCUUGGUGAAUUUGAUCCACCUUCCAUGAACCCCUAUACCAAGUUAGAUUUAUCAGUUGUACAAAGUAAAGCUCACCAAGCUUUAGCCCUAGAGGCAGCUAUUAAAUCCUUUGUUCUACUUAAAAAUGAUGAACAAUUUCUACCCAGAAAAUAUCUAAACUCUGUUGCAGUUGUGGGACCAAUGGCUAAUAAUAUUAAACAACAAUUUGGAGAUUAUUCUCCGGAUAUUAAUCCAACAGUUACUACUACACCUCUCCAGGCCUUUCAAAACGUUGCCUCUAACGUAAAAUAUGCUGCUGGAUGUCAGGAUAAUACAUGUACUCAGUAUUCUAGUCUACAAAUUCAACAAGCCAUUAAAGGUGUCGAUGGAGUUUAUGUGUGUCUCGGAACAGGACAAGAAAUAGAGAGUGAAGGGAAUGAUAGAUCUGAUCUGGAACUGCCAGGACACCAACUAGAUCUUUUAUUGGAUGUCGUGAAAUUUGCCAAUGGUAAACCUGUUGUAUUGGUAUUAUUUAAUGCUGGUCCAUUAAAUAUUAGCAUGAUUGACACAAUGACUCAGGUACCAGCUAUUAUAGCUUGUUUCUUCCCAGCUCAAGCUACAGGAGAUGCUCUUAUAGAUAUCCUAUUAAACAGAAAUGGUGCUGUACCUUCAGCUAGACUACCAGUAACAUGGCCAAUGACCAUGGAUCAGGUACCACCUAUUACAAAUUAUACCAUGGUUGGCAGAACUUAUAGAUAUUCUAAUGGUGUACCUCUCUAUCCAUUUGGAUACGGCUUGUCAUAUACUAGAUUUAGUUACAGUAAUCUAAAAAUACCAACAAGUAUUAUGGCAGGAAUGGACUUAACUGGGUCUGUUGAUAUAUCAAAUAUUGGUGGUAUGGCUGCUGAAGAGGUUUAUCAAAUUUACAUCGUGUGGGCUAAAGCGGCGGUCCCAGUACCCAGAAGUCAACUGGCUGAUUUCAACAGAGUAGAAUUAGGCGUUGAUCAGACUGUUACAGUUAAAUUUAGAGUUAAAGUUGAAACUAUGGCUGUAUGGAUAGAUUCUAAAGGUUGGAAAGUUGAAUCCGGUCCCAUGAAAUUAUAUGUUGGUGGUCAACAACCGAACCAGAAGAAGUCAACUGGCUCUAAUAUUCUCAGUUCAACAUUUAAUAUCAAACAUUCCAUAUUCACAAGAAAACGUUGAUAUAGAGACAUAUAGUUCGUUUAAAUGAAAAAUGUAAUAAAGCAAAAAUAUGUAAAGAUGCAUUACUUUGUUUCACGGUAUGCCGACACAAACUGAUUUCA